CGUCACCAUAGUAAGUGAUUGGCUCAGAUGCAGAAGACAUGAAUGUAUCUACUCAGCAGUUUGGGUCGGUUUUAUUUAUAGUAGUGUACUUCAAUUCCAUGUUUGUACCAUGCAGCUUCUACAGGGAUAGAAAUAGCAAAGGUAGACGCAAAAUAUAUUACGAAGCAACAGCAGUCACUGUGCAAUCCAACCAAACAGAGGUAUACCGUAGUGGAACUGAUAAUGGCGCGGCUCGUGGACACGAUCGUUAUCCCCGCCAGGUGGUGGCAAAUCUACCACUGGCAAAGAAUUUGAAUUUAAAGGCGGAUAGGGCACUUGAAAGAGAGCAUCACAGUUUUACAAAACCCUUCGGUGGUUACAUCGCAUUAGAUUGUGAUACAGAUGUGACGAAGGCCAUAUUUAAACAAUACGCUCGAGCGUCUCGCCAAUGGGUCCAUAAUAAUAAUGCUCUGGAAAUAGAGAAUGAUCGGAUGGUUUAUCAGAUGGGCCUGUUGACUAUUCAAGGUUUAAAAACGUCUGACCAGGGUGUCUUCAUUUGUAGGAUCGAAUACGAACCCAAACAGUUCAAAAGUGUAGCUCUGUUCACUCUCGUUGUCGAAUCAAACGAUUUAAUGCGCGUCCAAGAAACAAGUGUUAUGACGCUACAGUCAAACAGUGCGUCACUUGGAUACAUAUUUCCAUCGGCUACACGAGCCUGGUGGCACAUUGGCAACAUCGUGCGCUCAAAUAUAUCAGCAAGUCAAGCAAGCGAUGACAGAUUCUUGCAUGCAAAUACAAGCAUUGCAGGUUACUGGACAUGUAUUGUGUCACACCAACUGAAAGAUGGAACAAAAAGGACUUGGAAAACAGCUCGGUACGUUGUACACGUAACGCCACCUCCUUCCAAACUAGAACAGAUAUCGACCUACUGUUCCAUGCAUCCUGUUACCAUAGUAAUGUGUGGUUUAGUUAUCGGUGGCUUCAUUCUUGUUCUGUUUGUAGUAUGCGUUAGCCGAGUCGACAAAGAAAAAAUGCAGGCAGAAGAGGAAAUGGACAAAAUGAAAGAACGGUUACUUCCUGGUGAACAAGGUCGUAAGGACGACAACCAUCCCAAUGUAGACCGUAGUUAUAAAGUAUAUCAAGCUGGCCAUGGAUACGACCGUUUUCCUACUCAAGAAAAUGAGCAAGACUAUUACCAAUAUGAACAUGGACACAAUUCCAAUCCUCUGGCAUUUGAAAACGAUGAUGAGUAUAAUUAUACUCAUGAAAACAAACAAGACCAAUAGAAUACACGUGAUAUGAUGACCCAACUCAGUGAUUGAUACAAUAACUGCUUUGUGUUGUUACAACAACACAGUGUGAUUAAUAGUAGGUCUAUAUAGAUAGAUAUGUGCUGAACGCUAAUGUCAUUAUGUACCGUUGUCACUGUGGUAUAUGUUUUGUCUCCUUCAGUAGCGGAUCCACAGACCAAUAUUGGGGAAUUUCUUUUCCUGGGGUGUUCUAAAAUGGAAAAAUUAUAAAAAAUCUUGGUGUUGUUAAAGAUACACCUUACACAUUCUAGUUACACCUUACACACUCUAUGUAAACCUAACACAUUUCAUUACCACCUUACACUCAAUUUGAACCUUACACACUCUAGUUACACAUUACGCACUCUCGUUAUACCCUUCACUUUCUAUUUGCACCUUACACUCUAAUUUCACCCUAUGCAUUCCAGUUUCAACUUACAGUCUACUUCCACCCUGUACAUUGAAGUUACACUUUACACAAUACACCUUACACACUACACCUUACACUCUAGUUACACCUUACACACUCUAGUUACACCUUACACACUACACCUUACACACAGGUUACACCUUUCACUGUCUAGUUACACAUUACACUCUCUAGUUGCACAUUACACACGCUAGUUACACCUUACACACUCUAGUUACAUCUUACCCUCUAGUAACACCUUACCCUCUAGUUACACCUUAUACCAUCUAGUUACAUCUUACCCUCUAGUUACAUUUUAUACCCUCUAGUUACACCGUACCCCCUCUAGUUACAUCUUUUACUCUAGUUUAACCGUAUAUCCUCUAGUUACAUCUUUCCCUCUAGUUACACCUUACCCUCUAGUUACACCUUGCACCAUCUAGUUACAUCUUACUCUCUAGUUACACAUUUUACCCUCUGGUUACAUCUUUCCCUCUAGUUACACAUUUUACCCUCUAGUUACAUCUUUCCCUCUAGUUACACCGUAUACCUUCUAGUUACAUCUUUCCCUCUAGUUUCACAUUUUACCCUCUAGUUACGUCUUUUCCUCUAGUUUAACCGUAUAUCCUCUAGUUACAUCUUACCCUCUAGUUACACCUUACUCUCUAGUUACACCUUGCACCAUCUUGUUACAUCUUACUUUCUAGUUACACAUUUAACCCUCUGGUUACAUCUUUCCCUCUAGUUACACAUUUUACCCUCUAGUUACAUCUUUUCCUCUAGUUACACAUUUAACCUCUAGAUACAUAUUUUCCUCUAGUUAAACAUUAUACCCUCAAGUUUCAUAUUUCCCUCUAGUUACACCUUAUACCCUCUAGUUACAUCUUACACACUCCAUCACAUCUUUUCCACUCAAUUUAAACCUUACACACUCUAGUUACACAUUACGCACUCUCGUUAUAUCCUUCACUUUCCAGUUGCACCUUACACUCUAAUUUCACCCUAUGCAUUCCAGUUUCAACUUACAGUCUACUUUAACCCUGUACAUUGCAGUUACACCUUACACAAUACACCUUACACAAUACACCUUACACACUACACCUUACACACUCCAGUUAUACCUUACACACUCUAGUUGCACCUUUCACUGUCUAGUUACACCUUACACUCUCUAGUUACACCUUACACACGCUAGUUACACCUUACACACUAAAGUUACACAUUAUACACUCUAGUUACACAUUACACACUUUAGUUACACAUUACGCACUUUCGUUAUACCCUUCACUUUCCAGUUGCACCUUACACUCUUAUUUCAACCUAUGCAUUCCAGUUGCAGUCUACUUUCACCCUGUAUAUUGCAGUUACACCUUACACAAUACACCUUACACACUACCCAUUACACACUCACUCUAGUUACACCUUACACACUACACCUUGCAUACUCUAGUUACACCUUUCACUGUUUAGUUACACUUUACACUCU